AUGGGGUUUGGAAGUGACCUGAAGUAUUCUCAUGAUGCUUUAUUAAAACUGCAAGACUGGGAACUACGACUACUGGAAACAGUGAAGAAAUUUAUGGUUAUGCGUGUAAAAAGCGAUAAGGAGUAUGCUUCCACCUUACAGAAUCUUUGUACUCAAAUAGAUAAAGAGGGUACUUGUCAACUGGAUUAUAUCAGCAACGUGUCCAAGUCUUGGUUGCUCAUGGUGCAGCAAACAGAACAGUUGAGUAAAAUAAUGAAGACACAUGCAGAGGAUCUUAAUUCUGGGCCUUUGCAUAGGCUUACAAUGAUGAUCAAAGAUAAGCAGCAAGUGAAGAAGAGUUACGUAGGUGUUCAUCAACAAAUUGAAGCAGAGAUGUACAAG